GGCACCAGAAUUUCCUGAAUUUUCCCUUAAAGUUGAAGAGGCCAUCCAUUCCUUGGGAGGCAGUGUUUUCCCGAAGCUUAAUUGGAGCGCUCCAAGGGACGCCUACUGGAUCGCCAUGAAUAAUUCCCUGAAAUGCAACAGCCUCAGUGAUAUUUUCCUGCUUUUGAAAAGUUCGGAUUUCAUCACUCGUGACUUCACUCAGCCGUUUAUCCAUUGCAACGAUGAUUCCCCUGACCCUUCGUUGAAUUAUGAACUUGUCCUCCGAAAAUGGUGUGAAUUGAUUCCUGGGGCAGAGUUUAGGUGCUUUGUGAAGGAAAACAAACUUAUCGGCAUAUCUCAGCGAGACUACACUCAGUACUACGAACAUAUCUCCAAACAGAAAGAAGAGAUUUGUAGAUGCAUACAGGACUUUUUCACGAAGCACAUACAGUAUAAGUUUUUGGAUGAGGAUUUUGUAUUUGAUGUCUACAGGGACAGUAUGGGCAGAGUUUGGCUCAUUGAUUUUAAUCCAUUCGGGGAAGUGACGGACUCUCUGCUGUUUACAUGGGAAGAAAUCAGGUCUGGAAACAGUUUGAAAAAUGACCAAACUGAAGGAGCAGCGAUGGAAGAGGAGUCUCUGUCAUUCCGUUGCACGAACAGCAACCUCACAGUCCAGCCAAGUCCGUAUCUGAGCUACAGAUUACCCAAAGAUUUCGUAGAUCUCUCCACAGGAGAAGAUGUCCACAAAUUAAUUGAUUUGCUCAAGCUGAAAAGAAACCAGCCAGAGGAUGAUGAAGCAUGAAGAUCACAGGAUAAAAUGAAAAAAACACACACAAGAAAAACCAGAAAGGAGGCCACCUAGAAAAAUAGCAUUUUAACCGUAACAGUUCUGAGUUAAGAACUUCUUUCGUCACAAAGGAAAGGGGAUGCUAAACAUGGUGUAAUCCUUUUAGCGGAAUAAAGAUGUUUUCACCUCA